UAUCGGACAACUAGAAUUACAGGCCUGCCUUGACAAUGGAUGUCCAUGAAUCAGUAGCGAAUGGACUGGAAUGUGUAAAGUUUGACGUGUGGCAAGACAUCUUGUUGCCAAUGUUGUCUAUUCAAGACAUAUUUCAGCUCUGUGGUGUAAGCAAAUCCAUGCAACGGUUGCUGCUCAAUGAGUACACGUUUAGACGGCUUUGUGUGCAACGCUAUCUUCUCAGUCCACAUUUGAAAGUGCCAUAUGUUCGAGUUGCAAAAAUUAUGUUUAUCGCUCACAAAGCGCUCAGUAUUGCCUACACCGGCGAUAAAAGGAUAGUCGACGAAACAGCCAAUACGUUUGAAUUGAUGGCGAAAACGUUUGUCCGAAUAUUGAGCCUGGCGUUGAAGCCACCCGCCUUUGUUGGCCUCAAACUGAGCUGGACAAAUGCUGCUUUAUUUUAUCCACUUGGUGAAUGGAAUACGUGUAGCUUGUACCCUCAUCAGGCUUCUGAGGUCUUUCCUAAAAUAUCUUCCAUGGACAGAUGCACGUCUAUCAAUCCAGAGAGACCGUUUGGCAGCAGAAAGUACCGACUAAAAGAUGUAACGGAUUUAUUCCUCGAAGAUUGUGGUUCGCUGGAACAGUACCAAGAGGCCAUCAUUACCCAUUUGGACGAAGAUACCCAGGAACUGGAGGAAUACUUGCCUUCUGCGAAUCGAUCAUCGAGGCUUGUUGGGCUUGCAAAAGGACUUCACAGCUGUGCCAGGAUCGAAACAAGAAUAUGUUCAUACCUGGAAUUAGAUCGCUUUAAUCUCCCUGCGUUCUUUCCUUUGGCAUGGACAUACAUGUAUAAUCCUUAUUUGCAAUGGGCUGUUGGACAUGAUUUCAAUCACAAAUCCCAUCCUUCCAACCCAGUGCUUGCCACUGCUGCAUGGAUUGGCAUGUUUUCAAAAGUCACAAUCAAUCAUUCCGUUGUCACCCUCCUGAUAAGGGGAGAACUACGCACUUCUCAGGUGGACGAUUACUUCACAGCUAUGAUGGAGUACGAAGACAGAUUGAGAUGUUUGCCGCAGUCCCGACGCCCCAAUCGUCGCGACUUAUAUCUAGGCUUGGGAACCUUUCUACUUUCGUCGUCACAAGGACAGCAAUAUCAUAAGGAAUGGACGAAAGUGGAAUUGGUCGAAGCCAUGGUGCGACAUGGCAAUGAAGUACUCUUGGCAAGCAGCUAACUGGCAGUGGAGUACGAAGACCUCAGAUAUACCC